UUCCUUACCUAUGAGUUGUAGGGUGAGUGACACAGCGUGCAAGGAAUCAAAACAGAGAAAAAGUUGCACAAAAGAAAGUUUUCGAUAAAUAAAUCAUCAAAAGAUAGCUGCUGAGAGUGCAAAGAGAGGCUGAAAGUAUUCACAGGAAGACUAUGUACGACAAUAGAGUGCAAUGGCGAUGAGUGGCUUCAUUCAGCAGACCCAGACCAAGAGUACCUAUGAGUCAAGUAGAAAAAGUCUCCUGCACCACCUCAUGUCCGUGGUGAAGGAGCUCCAGAAGAAUUUUGGCGGGAAAACCGAAUUGGCCACGGAAAAUGAUCACAAUGUACUGAAAUUGUGCGACAGCUGGGAAUACGCCCUCUGCCAUGGUCUCCGGACAGGUUCAUUGCUGAAAAAUGUGAGUGAUUUGGUGUCUGGGGUAAAUCAGGAACCUCCGGUGUUUUGGACAUUUGCCUAUCAACACAUGACAGCUCAUGAGAGGGAGAGAUUCUCAUCAUUGAGGCACGUCUGGACAGAUCGGGGAAAGUGUCGUGCCUUCAUCCGGGCAGCAUUGAAUGAACGUGCCCUGGAGAGGUAUAUUCUCAUGUGGCUGGCAGAUGUCAAUAUUGGUCAGUACUAUGAAUCCUGGGCUCUGAUGCGAGAUGAGGAAUCGACAAAUUUACUGCCAAAUCUAGCAGCUGGACUCAGUUCAAUUCUCUUUGCCAUCACCGUGGACAGCCCAGAUCUCAAUGUUCAAUCGAGGCGAGAAAUGAAAACUGAACCUAUUAUUGCUGUUCCCAGACCAAUUCGACCCAUCCGGAAGAAUGGAAAGCAUCAAGUUAUUGAAUUUGACGAAGCUGGACUUUCGAUAAGCCCCGUGGCAAGUGGAACACUAUCGAGUCUCUGUCUGAAGCACGAAAGUGUCCCCCGGCCACGUCCGAAUGUCCAGAGUCCGGCUGUGAAAAGUACCUCUGAGAAAGAAGCCACAGAGGAAGGACCAGCAGAAGUUUUUACCCCACCCAGUGAUUCGGGAAUUGUCGUAGAGGAACCCACAACAUCUGAAGGCAGUUUCGAUGAUUCCUCCCUGCGCAGCACCUCCAAGAGCAGUUCUAUUCACAGCUCCUCCAGCUCCGUUCACAGUGAUUCCCAACAACUCCGUGAACGUCUGAAACAGACUGAAGAACGCUGUCAGCGCCUCGAAGCCCGAGUGGCUGAAUUGAGCCUGGAGAAUCAUCGACUACGAGGUCUCAGCGCCAGUCACAUCGUCUCCGGAUCAACUUUUACAGUCAGCGUUCCCCGGGUUCGCCUCGAAAAAUCCGGAUCACGCAAGUAUUAUCUCUACGAAGUCCACAUCAUUCCAACAAAUCAACCAGGUGACGAAUGGACAAUCCUCCGUCGCUACAGUGACUUCUAUCGACUCCAUCGGCAAUUCCAAAAAACCCAUCCAAGUGUCCGGAGCCUGGAUUUUCCGCCAAAGAAAAGUUUCGGUAACAUGGAGGCUCAUUUUGUGGAGCAACGUCGUCAGAGGCUUCAACUCUACCUAAGACACAUCCUCACAAUGCUCCCGGACGUUGCCACUUGCACGAGUCGCACCAGUCUCGAGCAAGUGUUCCCAUUCUUCAAAUAACAAACUCCCAAAAAAGAGAUAAUAAUGCCUCACAAAGUUUCCCUUAUGGCCUCUACACAUUGGGAGAAAUUUCUGUCAAAAAUUGCUUUUUUGAAGGAAAUUCCCUGCAGCAUUGUAGGAGAAACGUCAAAUUUCUGUCAAAAAUUGCUUUUUUGAAGGAAAUUCCCUGCAGCGUUGUUGGGGGAAACGUCAAAUUUCUGUCAAAAAACGCAAUUUUUGACGAAAAUUGCUCCCAAUGUGUAGACGCGCCUUUAUUUAAUUUUUCACUUUCUUCUUACGUUGGAUUAUAGUUAUAAAUGUUGCAAAAAAAAAAUGUGGAGAUAUUACUAUUUUUGUUGCAAUUGAAGAUAAAACUUACGCCUUAUCGAGUUUCUCUGGAAUUAUUCCUGCAACUCCCCUCGAGAUAAUGCCUCACCAAGUUCACACUAUCAUUUCUCUGUUUUUUUUUCCGCGGAUGAAAAUUUAUCGGGGGAAUGGGCAGGAAAAAAUGUAAAUCUGGAACAAAAUGAGAUAAACUAUUGUAAAAGUUUCAAAGUGAGAUUAUUUUGUUCAAAUAAAUAAUGCGCGAGUACAAAUUGUGCUCAAAUGUUGAA